AUGCUGAGUGAAGAAUAUCAAGAAUUGAUGGAGUUAAACAAAGACUAUGUCAAUAUAACGGAUGCAUUGUACAAGCUAAAGACAUUCGAUGAAGCAGAAAUUGAACGAAUUUAUCAAGAUAUCAAAACCAAGUUGAUCGAAUCUAAAAAAGUUUCACCAUCUUAUAUUAUAGACAUGAUAUCAGUCGCAAUGAGCUAUAACCUUCGUUACACUAAGUCAUACAUGGCUAUAUUCGAAAAAUUAUAUGAAGAUUAUCAGCCAAAACAAGCUAAAAUCACUUAUCCAAUUUUUGCUUACCUUAUCUUUAAAGAGUAUGAUAUUGUUUUGGAUAAAAGACAUGAACCAUUAUUCGAUAGUUAUUUAUCAAAAAAUAUUUCAAUAGAAAUUCAUGAAAAGAAUUCUAUUUAUAGAGCAAUUAUGGAUGAUGACCUUAUGUCAUUUAUUACAUUCACAGAACAAGAAGGAUUUGACAAAAAUGCACAGCUAAACUCUCCACUUUAUCCAUAUACAAUAUAUCAAGGAUAUUAUUAUCUUGAUUUAUGUUGUUAUUAUGGUGCUGUUAAUUGUUUCAAGCUUUUGAGAUCAAAAUUCGGUUCACCAAUUACUACAAGUUGUCUCGAGUUUUCUUUUUUAGGCAGAAAUGCAGAAAUCCUGAGUGAAUGCAUGAAAGAAUCAGAAGAAUUUGAUAGAUGCAAGAAAUAUGCAAUUAUUUCACAUAAUAUUGAUUUUGUUUCAUUUUUGAUGAAUGAACAUAACAUUAAUAUAUAUUUAGGUUAUUGCGAUUGCCAUAAUCUUCAUGCAUUUCUUGUUUAUUUGGAUCAAACAAAAGAUUUCAACACUUGUUUCGUUCAUUCACCUAAUUUCUGUAAUUUAAAUCUUUGUGAAUAUUUAAUUUCACAUGGUGCAGAUGUUAAUGCUAUUGAUGAUCUUGAUAAAUCGGCUCUUCAUACUGCAGCUGAAUCAAAUUGCAAAGAAAUUGUUGAGUUUCUUCUUUCACAUGGUGCAAAUGUGGAUGCAAUAGAAAAAACUAAUGGAGAGACUCCCCUUCAUAAAGUUGCUGAAAUAAAUAAUCCAGAAAUUGCAGAACUUCUUAUUUCUCAUGGGGCAAAUGUCAAUGCAACAAAUUAUGGUGAUGAGACACCACUUCAUUUAGCUUCCAAUUGGAAUUGCGAAGAUACAGCAAAAGUUCUUAUAGACCAUGGGGCAGAUGUAAAUGCUAAAGCUGAACUUGGAAGAACUCCUCUUCAUUGUGCGGCAAAGUACAAUAGUUAUGAAACAGCAGAACUACUAAUUUCUCAUGGUGCAGAUAUAAAUGCAAAAGAUUUAUAUGGAAUAACAGUUCUUCAAUAUGCUUCAAGAAAAGAUAGUGAAGAUGUUGAAGAGCUUCUUUAUUCACUUGGUGCUGAUGAAGGUGAAUAA